GUGGGGGGAGACCUUGUGUUGUGUGCACGUGGUGCAGCGCCGGCGGGGACCAGGAGGGGGAGCCGGGGAGCCGGCAGCCUGUUAGCAGUGAAGCUCCAGGAGCACAGGGUUUCUGGUGAAUUCUGGGCUGCGGUUACCAGGGGGGUGGUGCUGGGGGUCCCCAGGGCUCGGGUGGGGGUCCCAGGAUGCAGGAGGGCUGUCCCCACCGAGGUUCUGCCCUCACAGGAGGCUGAGCGUCCCCAGACGGUUGAGGCCCAGCCCCUCACCCUGGCCUUGCGGCCUAGAGCACGACUGUGGCUUCAGAAACCCUUCCGGACCCCUGACCUCUGCCCUGAGCUGCCCUGACCUCUACCCCGGCCCCUCAGGCCACCCUUCUGGGUAGCCUUCGCCCCCAGAACCUGGGGCUGGCAGGGCAGAGGCGGGAGUUCCGCUGAGAAGUUUGGGCCCUCCUGCGCUCCGUAGCUGGGCACCUUCCUGGCUGGGCUGGGGGAGGCCUGCGCUGGGGAUGUGUUCUCUGGGGCUGAGUGGGGCAGAGGCGGACCUGGGCCCAGGCAGGCGCUGGCCUAGGUGUUCCGGGGGGGCUGGAGGGGCAGCGGGGGCGCUGGGUGUGCCAGUGAAUGCCCCAGGCGCCCUCUGUUUCCUGGGCAGCCCUGCGGCUAUGGAUGUGUUCCAGAAGGUAGAGAAGAUCGGAGAGGGCACCUAUGGGGUGGUGUAUAAGGCCAAGAACAAGGAGACGGGGCAGCUCGUGGCCCUCAAGAAGAUCAGGCUGGAUUUGGAAACUGAGGGAGUCCCAAGCACUGCCAUCAGGGAGAUCUCCCUGCUCAAAGAGCUGAAGCACCCCAACAUCGUCAGGCUGCUGGAUGUGGUGCACAGCGAGAAGAAGCUUUACCUGGUGUUUGAGUUCCUCAGCCAGGACCUAAAGAAGUACAUGGACUCCACGCCGGCCUCCGAGCUCCCCCUGCACUUGGUCAAGAGCUACCUCUUCCAGCUGCUGCAGGGGGUGAGUUUCUGCCACUCUCAUCGGGUCAUCCACCGAGACCUGAAGCCCCAGAAUCUGCUCAUCAAUGAGUUGGGUGCCAUCAAGCUGGCUGACUUCGGACUGGCUCGAGCCUUCGGGGUGCCCCUACGCACCUACACCCACGAGGUGGUGACACUUUGGUAUCGCGCCCCUGAGAUCCUCUUGGGCAGCAAGUUCUAUUCCACGGCUGUGGAUGUCUGGAGCAUUGGCUGCAUCUUUGCCGAGAUGGUGACCCGUAGAGCCCUGUUUCCUGGUGACUCUGAGAUUGACCAGCUCUUUCGGAUCUUUCGGACCCUGGGGACGCCCAGUGAAGCCAUAUGGCCAGGAGUCACCCAGCUGCCCGACUAUAAGGGCAGUUUCCCCAAGUGGACCAGGAAGGGGUUGGAGGAGAUUGUGCCCGGCCUGGAACCAGAGGGCAAGGACCUGCUCAUGCAACUCCUGCAGUACGACCCCAGCCAGCGGAUCUCCGCCAAGGCCGCCCUCUCACAUCCGUACUUCUUGUCCGCUGAGACCUCCCCGGCCCCCCCGCAGUGUGUGGUGGAGCGUUUCUGCCGCUGAGAGGGUGUGAGGUCCUCCACCUCGGAGCCUCUCUCCGCUGCUGCCCCAGCUGCCUCCCCACCCAUGUCCCAAGAAAGAGGACCUAUCUGGGAGAGAGCAAAGUUCUGAGGAAUUUGGCAUCGGCUGCCGGAGAGCAGAGUUUGGGUUAGUCCUGCCCGCAGGUUAACGAGUUCCAGUGUUGUUUGUUGGGUUUGACAGUAUCGGUUCAAGACGGGGGCACCGGAGCUCUGUGCGCAGGGGGUGUGUUAGAGGUUGGGCAGGAACAGCUGCUGAGAUGAGGAGGAAGCCUGCCCCCGUGUGGCGGCGAGGCAGAGCCAGACAAUGUCCCCCCCCCCCCCCCAAGGGAAGGGGUGCCCCCUGCCGGUCUUUUUGGCUUUAAAAUGUUUGGGGGAAGAGUUGCAUACCAGUUAAGAGUCCCAGUUUAACGGGAAGAGAGAGGACAUUUUCCUGAUCCCAGGGAACGUCUGGGAUGUGUGUGGCUGUUCUAAGUACUUGUCUUAUACUUAGGAUAUGCUUAUGUUGUUUGCCUCUGGCUUUAAGAACAGUAAAUAAAAGUGCUAUAUUUCCUGAG